AUGUACAUGCUCAGCAUCACCUUGUUCCUGCUUUCCGCCGUGUCCGCAAUACCGGCGCACCUGCCUCACACUCAUUUCAGCACACAAAAGAGAACCCUGACACCAGACAACACCUGCGGAGCUGCUAAUGGCUAUAUCUGUAACCCCAACGAUCCGUAUGGGGGAAGUUGCUGCUCGGCUUCCGGAUGGUGUGGAAACUCAGAGGCAUAUUGCGCAACCGGAUCUAUUAGCACCUACACCAUCGGAUCAUCGCCUUACACCCAGCUUUACACCACGUCCAAUGUAGCUGUCAACAGUGAAACUCUCCAACUCAAAGUACCCGGAGGCCAGAGCGCAUCUCCCAUUCUCGGCGCCGAGGUCUCGACUCAAGAUGAAGAUAUUCUCUACGGUAGCGUACGCACUACGAUGAAGGCCAGCACAGUCGCUGGCACAUGUCACGGCGCCUUCUUCUACAAGGACGACAAUCAAGAAGUGGACAUCGAGCUCAUCACCGGCGAUACAUGGAAGGGCGUGCAUUACACGAAUCAGAGAGCCAACGCCGACGCCGAAGCUAGCACGAUUCAAAUGGCUCUUCCAUCGGACGCAACAAAUGACUUUCAAGAGUACAGAAUUGAUUGGCUCCCUGGUCGUACGGAUUUCUAUCUGAAUGGCGAGCUGCAGCAAACACUGACGGACAAUGUCCCAUCCACUGCCGGGAGCUGGCUGUGGAACAAUUGGAGUAAUGGAGAUCCGGGUUGGACAGGCGCUCCCCCACUGCAAGACAACAUCAUGGAAAUCUCAAAGAUUGAGAUGUACUACAAUCGCACGAGCAGUGCAGGCUCUUGCUAA